CCAUAGUAGAGAAGAAUCAUAGAGCAAACGAAAUCACGCUAAACAGUAUAACCAAAGCGCGAAUUCUAAUUUUGUUAGCAUGUGGCGCGCUGAAAUCUGAUGUUCUCGGCAGGUGGCGAUCCCAACUUUCAGUACUCAACUAGCCCUGGGGGAGAGUAGACGUCGUUCGCGCGCUUUUGCCGCCUAAUUCGAAAUUCGAACGGUUGAUAUCGUCAGUAAAAUGUUUAUUUAACAGUCUCUUAGUUGACAGUUCGAAUAUAAAAAAAUAGUGCAGUGUUUUUUUAAAGUGACAAAAUGUUGGGACAAGGAGUUGUUAAGUUUUUAUGUUUACUAGUGACGUUUUUCGGGGGUGUAACGAGUCUUCGUGACGUCAUGCUCCUUGUCCAGCCGACUACAGUGAUCAGAGGCGGUACAGCUGCGCUGGUCUGCUCUCGAGACAUGCAGGGCGCACCUCUCUACUCCGUCAAGUGGUACAGGGGCAACCACGAAUUCUACAGGUACACGCCCAUGGAAGAACCUGAUACGAGGGUGUUUGGCCUACCCGGGAUCUAUGUCGAUAUGAACAGAUCGAACGGUACUCAGGUCUUACUGCGACGACUCGACCUGACCUUGGCUGGCAACUUUAGCUGUGAAGUGACUGCGGACUCCCCGUCCUUUGCCACGCAGGUCGCCACCAAAUUCAUUGACGUCAUAGCAUUACCGCCAACGGCUCCUGUGCUGAAGGCGGACAAAGAUCGGUAUCAACCGGGAGAGGUGCUGCGAGCUAAUUGCACGUCAUCACCAGCGCGACCAGCUGCUAACCUCACCAUCUACGUCAACGAGGAGCCUAUCCGUUCGUCAGAGACCAGUCUUCACCCAUCAGAGAGCGGUCUUCUCUGGACGUUGGUGAAGGCUGACCUGAAGGUGACCCCUGACCUCUUCGUGGGAGGACGGCUGAGGGUCGCCUGCAUCGCCACGGUAUAUGACGUGUACAGGAGCUCAGCUAACCUGGACUUCUUUACACCAGACACAGAUCCGCGACCAGAGAGAAUAACUCUCAACGGCGCAUCAAAAUGCUUCCAAAGUUGGAUUCUAGUACUCUUACUCUUCCUCCUACCAGUAGUGAUGGGGCAAGACAUCUACACCUUCUUGGACUACGACGAUUACGAUGAGAAGUACAUCCCCGCUGCAAUCGCAUCACUAGUUGGCGGCUAAAUUUGAAUUAUGAUUUAGUUUUAAGAAUACGAAUUUAGUCUGAUAAUUAUAAAUUAAAAUAGAACACAAUACUUGAUUAAGCACUAUAGGUCUUUUUCUGAUUUGAUGUCAUGUUGUUACAUUGUAUUCGUUAAGUUUAAGUUUAGUUUUAUUGUUAUUUUAUAACUUUUCAUCAUCUACGACGCUUUUUGUUAUCAUGGAAAAUGCUGUAGAUAAAGGUUUACCUAAACAGUAUGCAGAUGUUUAACAAGCCAUAGAAAACUUAGUUCAGGGAAAGACUAGUAUAACGUAUUAUACGAAUUAUUGGUUCUGCAAGGACAGUUGAAUGGUAUAAUAUCACCACGCCACUGACCAUUGUAACUUGGCGCGUGUUUUACACAGGAUCUACAUCACGUCUAUGAAAUUCGGUUGGCGGCUAUUAAGAUGCCUGAUCUCUGAUGCCGAAGGGACUCGUGGUUAAGCUGUCCUUGAUACUGUCAGUCCGUGGGUGAUCGGCUAUGUCGUAACGAAAUCUUCUGUGUUUCGGCAGGCACGUUAAAUUGUGGGUGUUUAUUAUAUAUUCUUGACAGUCGUUACGGGUAGUGAGAAGCUAGAAAGUCUUACAACCUAGUCUCACUAAGGGAUAUCGUAUUGCCCAAGUGACUGAGUUGAGGAGGUCAGAUAGGCAGUCGCCUCUUGUAAAACACUAGUACUCAGCUGCAUCAGGUGUGAUAAAGGUGACUGGCUACAAAACAAUACGUAUUAAUCUUCUAGCAUCAUUCCAAUGAAAUAAAAAGAAAAUUAAAAGUACAACUUUCAUUAAAACAAAAUGCGUUGUAAUCGGCAAUUCUAAUUUAGUCUAAUUAUUUUUUAAUUAGUUAUAAAAUAUAAUUGUACACAAAUGCAAGGAUUAUUUUAUGUAUGGUCAUCAAUUGCGCACACAAAUUAAAUGAAAAAGGAGACAGCAUUUUUUGUGUUGAGAUUGUUCAUCCAGAGUUAAUGUAUUUAUUUACCGUUCCAUUCUUGUUUACGUAAAAAAAAAUAUAUUCAAGAUAAGUUACCAAUUAGUUCUGAUUCUUGAAUUUCUCAAAAUAUACCUAUAGACGGCAUCUCGUAUAGCCCACCGUUUUCAAAGCCGUCUGGCAGCGGGGAAGUAAUCCUCUAAAAGAUGAGUGCUAAGGUGAUCAGUAAGUUCUCCUCAAAUUAUCCCUAUUUACUUGACUUUAAAAGUAACAUUCAAUUUUAGUGUCCAUUUUCUAACAAUUGCGUGUGCAAUAGAUUACUGCAUUCGUCUUAUCUACUCUUUCUCACUUUUUUUUUUAAAUCGUCUAUUGUCACAUUACACAUGAAUUGUCACAAUUUGUACAUUCCAUUUCUCACAGUAAGUCUUUGUGUAAAUAGUCUUUCUAUUAUAAAAUGUUAUAAGGUAAUUGUGAUAAAUAUUAAAGGCGUCAUGUCUACAUUAAGCGUAGCGGGGAAAUUAAAUUUUCAUUGUAUAUUGUGUAAAAAAUAUUGAUAAAAUUAUAUUUUAUUUUGCUUGUCGUAGUUAUAUGAAGAUAUACCAAAUAUUAACUAAGCGUUUGACAUAAUGAUGAGAGUAUUUUGUUUUGUUGUCUACUCCUGCAUAUUUAAAUGUAAGAACGUACUGCAAAUUGUGGUUAUAAUGAGCUGGACUGGGGUUUAUAACAACUUUAUAAAUAGUCUUCUAUUAUUUGACAUAUUGUUGCAAGUUUACGUUUGAAGCUAAUUUUGGUCCCUUUGUGUCCGAGGCAAACUAAAAUUUUCUAAAAUAUAAUUUAAAUCUUAGUUAAAACUCUUGUUCAACAUUUCUUUUCAGUACUGUAGUUUUGUAACGUAGUAUCCUUGAGCUGCCAGUUCAGAGUAUUAUACAAUAUCUGGUUUUCGGUAGUUACAAAACAUGACUCUUUAGUUAUCUUUGUUUCUUACAAACGUAUCGGAUUACCGUCCAUUCGGUUAACACGGCAAAGAGUAGUUAAUGUACAACCUGCGUUUUUAGUUGUUUAAGUAUAUUUUAUUGUUACAAUGUUAAGGGAAACCCAUACUAAUUGUGAUGCCAGCCAAGCAGUACUGCUUCGCUACCAAAUUAGGUUAACAAGUGGCGCCCAACGUGGGACUACUUAAAGUUUAGUAUACAGUACUCGUUCUCUGCUUGUAAGGCAUUUUGUGGGACAGUAACAGGACAUAGUUACUCAGAUUCAGUAAAAUUAGGGCUUAAUUCCGACUUAUUUCAUUUCCUUCAUUAUUCUUAACUAUAGCCUACAAUGGAUGAUACUCAGAAACAAUGGUACAUCGAAUAUUUACUAUACACUUUAAGCACUUUUCAAUGAGAAUUUCUAGCAAAUCGUGAAAGGUUCAUAACAUUAAAUCCAACCAACGAGGUUCCUUUUAUGAAUUAGUUCCGUGGCUUUUACAGAGAUGGCGCUGUUAUAAGUCUUUGUUAGAGUAGCAAAUAUUGUGAACGGUGGUGAAUAAAAAAUAUUAUUUUCUUAAUGAAUGAUUACAAUAGUUUUAAAGUGCAUGAUAAGGAAAAAUGAUUUUUGAUGUUUUGUUAAUGGAUAUUCUGAUCUUACAAAAACAAGAAGUGGGUCAAAAUAAUAAUAUUUAUUCAAAUUGAUACAAUUAAGUACCUUUGUAUUUUCAGUGUUUUGUUUCAAAAAUAUGAGGGUAAAUUGUCUUACAGUGUUCAAAUAUAAAAAAAAUACAUGUUCACCUCUGAAAUUAACAAA